AAAAAAAGUCGUAAGCCUCAAAUAAGCAAAACUCUGGCCUAGACAGAGGAUUCUGAAUAUUGGCGGCAACUAGAGCGAGCGAGAGGUAUAAAAAGGGAUAAUUUUUAUUUUUCUCCAAAAUCGAGAAAUCAGAAAAGUGAUAUCUUUAACAGCGAUCGUUCUGCGAUCUACAGCGAUCCGUCUUGGAAUAUUAAUCUUCUCAGAAUACCUAAAAGUAUCACAGAGGUCAAGAUUAAGAGCAAGAAAGCUUAAUCAUCUACGAGGAUGGACCCGCAACAUACUGGUGAUUUGUUCAAGCAUUUGGAGAAGCAGAAUGAGUUACUCAAGGAAGCUCAUAAAACCAUGUCACAAGAACUCCAAAAACUCAUGGUGGAAGAACAGAUGAUGAUGCAUAAACUCUAUGAGAUAACGGUUACUCAUCGUAAAAAUAACAAGGAAAUGAAGAAGACUCAAAAUGUGUUGGAAGGAAAAGAAACACUUGAAGAAGCUUCUUCUUUAGCAAUGGUUCCUACUGGUGAUGAAGAGCAUUGAACAACUCACUUUCUAUAAACCAGGAUAGACCGGCCCGGUUUGUGAUGGGCUUUUAACUGUAUUAGUUUGGAACAGAAACCGUGUCUUGUGACACUGAAUUUUGAUUCUUGAGCUCUCUUUACAAAGAAUCUUGCCUCCUAUGUACAUGUAUAAUAUAAAUAUGCAAUAUCUGAUUCUAUAAUGAAAUGGUGUGACAG